AUGUUCGAGACAACCUGUCCAGUGGAUGUCACUUUGUACCCUUUUGAUACUCAGACUUGUGAGAUCAUCAUAGCCUCUUGGAUGUACGAUCACAGGAGGGUGAAGAUUGUCCCAAAGGACACGCCAAACAACACAGUCUACUUUGGCGAGAGCGGAGAAUGGAUCUUCAGCAGUUCCAAGGCCAAACAUGAUUUGGUGGAGUACAACGGCAGUAACUUCAGCAUUGCUCGCAUUUCUUUCACAUUCCAACGACGACGAGCGUUUUACGUUAUAAAUGUGAUUGUGCCGGUCCUGUGUCUGUCUCUGCUCAAUACCUUGGUGUUUCUGGUUCCGCCAGAGUCCGGAGAGAAAAUGUCCCUCUCCAUUACCGUGGUUUUAGCCUACUCAGUCUUUCUCUCCAUCGUCAACGCUGACAUGCCUGGAACGUCAAACAGCGUGUCUUAUCUAGGACUACUUGUAUUGGCCGUUGACACUCCGACGGGUACAUUUGAAGAUGAAGUUCGUCUCAGACACGACUUAUUUCACAACCACAGUGCUGCUAUACGCCCCGUGCUCAACAAGUCCACCGUCACUGAGAUAGAUAUGAUGUAUCACUUACAAAGCAUUGUUGAUUUGCUAUGGACAGACGAAACCCUUAAGUGGGAUCCAGCACGGUAUGGUGGACAGAGGUUGAUACUGGUAAAUCCAGAUGACAUAUGGAAGCCGGAUAUAACCAUUAUGAACGGUGCAAAGAGUUACGUUUAUGCAGGAAACUUAAAGUUUCUUGUUGAGCUGAAAUGGACGGGUAGAACGGAUUGGUCUCCAGCCUCCAUGUUCGAGACAGCCUGUCCAGUGGAUGUCACUUUGUACCCUUUUGAUACUCAGACUUGUGAGAUCAUCAUAGCCUCUUGGAUGUACGAUCACAGGAGGGUGAAGAUUGUCCCAAAGGACACGCCAAACAACACACUCUACUUUGGCGAGAGCGGAGAAUGGAUCUUCAGCAGUUCCAAAGCCAAACAUGAUUUGGUGGAGUACAACGGCAGUAACUUCAGCAUUGCUCGCAUUUCUUUCACAUUCCAACGACGACGAGCGUUUUACGUUAUAAAUGUGAUUGUGCCGGUCCUGUGUCUGUCUCUGCUCAAUACCUUGGUGUUUCUGGUUCCGCCAGAGUCCGGAGAGAAAAUGUCCCUCUCCAUUACCGUGGUUUUAGCCUACUCAGUCUUUCUCUCCAUCGUCAACGCUGACAUGCCUGGAACGUCAAACAGCGUGUCUUAUCUAGCCAUAUACCUCAUAUUUGUUCUCGUGAUGGGCAUGAUCGCAGUGUUUAUGUCAGCAGUUGUGCUGUGGAUAUUCCAUGCAAAAGCCAGACAACUUGAUGAGAAACACAGACAUUUUUCCCUGGGAUCCUGUUCUUCACAACAUGAAGAAAACAGGACUCUCUCGAACACAGGCCAUUUCCAUAUGGUGACAGACAGAGCCAAAUACAUUCAACAGGCAACCAAAAUUGACAGGCUAUCAUUUUGGUCAUUCUUGGCUCUCACUCUUGUAGGGUUCAUCACUUUAAUGGCUUUACUUCUGUCCUAG